UUGCCUUUUUUUUAAAAAGUGAGAUAUGGCUUUUGCUGAAAUUCUAUGGAUGCUAGUAUCAUAUACCUGUAUUUUCUUGAUAUCUUUGCUGUUGGCAUGGACAGUUUAUUAUGAUUUCACAAGGACGCAUAUCCCUGCUGGAAUGAAAGAGGGUGGGAAACUACGAGCAUUUAAUUUGAUUAUGAAUUUUUCCUUUGGACUGGGCUUAUUUCUGGAGAAACUUGGCGUAUGCAGUAAGAUUAAAUUUUUGAGAAUUUCAUUCGAUGGGAUCCCACCAAUGAAAGAUUCAAAGCUACUCAUCAAGAACAUGUUUUUUGAACAUGUGCCCGUAAGAGUUUAUUGGCCCAAGACACCAUCACCUGCUGGAAACAGGAGAGGAUUAAUCUAUCUCCACGGCGGAGUUGGCCAGAUUGGAAGCCUUCGAUCAUAUGAAAGGGUGUGCCGCUACUUGGCUCGAGAAAGCAAUUCAGUGGUCGUGAACAUCGGAUAUCGCUUAUCUCCUGAGUAUCGACCUCCAAUUCAGAUUCAGGACUGUUUCACGGCUAUAAUAUACUUUUUGAAGAAUGCAAAGGAUUACGGAGUGGAUCCUAACUCCAUUGUCAUUGGUGGAGACAGCAGUGGAGCUACAUUAGCCGCAGGAAUUUGUCAAGAUCUGGUGUCCAGAACAGAUCUCCCAAGGCCCCGAGCCCAGAUCUUGCUUUAUCCAUUCCUCCAGGCACUGGACUUUAGUUUGCCAUCCUAUCAGCAAAACCAUUCCAUUCCCAUUUUGUUCAAGAAACGGGCCAUUAGUCUAGGUCUCUCAUAUUUCUACCCGAAGACUGAUGGUGUUGCAGGAAUUAUGAAGAACGCUCACGUUCCUGAGAAGCUAAGAGUGAAAUACAAGAAAUGGAUUAGUGCUGAUCACGUUCCAGAUGAGUUUAAAGUCAGAGGCUAUGUGCCAGCAGAGCCGGCUCCAUUUUCAGAGGAGCUUUAUCAACUGUGCCAACCAGGUUUUCAGUCAAAAUAUUCCCCACUUAUAGCUGAAGAUGAGAUUAUACGCCAAGUUCCUGAGGCUUACAUUUUAACGUGUGAAUAUGAUGUUGUCAGGGAUGAUGGACUGUUGUACAAGAAACGGUUAGAAGACAACGGCGUGCGAGUAACUUGGCAUCACCUUAAAGAUGGUUUCCAUGGAAUAGCCUUUGUAAUUGACUAUGGGCCAUUACAAUUCCAAGGCACACAAAUCGCUAUGGAGAAUGUGAUACAUUUUCUACAUGGAUUAUCAAAAUAA